AUGUCUCCGACGAACAAGCAGGGCGGUGCUCGCCAGGAGUGUAUGUCACUUACGGAAUUUGCGGGCCAUUCCAAUCGUCUCCAGCCCGAGUUGGAGCCAAACUUGAGCACGAGACCCGGACAUGCUGGGCUGUCCGUUACCAUAAAUCUUUCCGGCUCGCAGGCUCGGAUCCAUGGCUCGACACUUUAUGUCCCUCGGAGUGUUACUAGACAACCACCAUUGCUUACACCCUCGACGCUCAUGAAUCCUACAAGUCAUCCGUCGCAUAACUCCUCCUCACAUCCUCCUAAAGGGACCCAUCCCGGCGCGAUGCACCACCGCGAACAAUCUCCUAUCGCCGCACUUGCGGGCUCCUCGCAGCAUCCAUCUUUGCCUUCAAUUCGUCAACUGCACCCAGACCUUCCGCUCUCCAUGUCUACGGACCCUUCCUACGGGCGUAGACAAUCAAUCAGCUAUUCUUCUCCAGCAGCUAUUGCCGUCGGCUCUCGUCCCCCGCAGGACGAGUCCGACGCAGAGGUGGAGACGCAAGAACCCCCGAAGAAGAAGAGGCGCAGACAGGCAUUGAGUUGUACCGAGUGUAAGAGACGCAAGAUCAAAUGUGACAGGGCGCAACCGUGUGGCCCUUGCGUGCGACGCGGGGAACCGAAUAAAUGCCAAUGGCAUGUAAUUGAACCAAUGGAGAAGUAUGUGACGCGGUCUGAAUACGAUGAACUCAAGGCGAGAGUGGCGCAAUUGGAAUCUUUUAUCCAAGGGUUGGUGCCUAGCGGAGUGCCCGGUACCGCAUCUCGGCAGCGCAUUUCAUCGAAUACCAUACCGUCGGGCCCCACCCAACGUAUCGAGCAUAUACAGGGAACGGCAAUCACCCCUUAUCAUCAGGUUGCACCAUCCGCAGGCCCUUCGACGUACCCUGGUGCGUUUCAGCAUCUACCUCCUGCUAGUCGAGUGGAGCCCCAAGCAUUGUCCGAUCGCCAACCGAAACUGGUUCCUAUACGCAGCCCGACGCUACCGAGCCGACCGCCCGCUUCCCAUAGCCAAUCGCACCACGCUAUGCAGGUCAGGUCACCAAACGAUCCUCAUCCUUCAAUGUCCCCCUCGUCUAUUCAUAGCAUGCCACCAAGCUCUGAGUCUCGCUCCCCAGCGUCUGUUUCCUCGAGGAGAGCGUCGCUUUCACUUGCGGCGAUUACAUCGCCCUACACGCCUGAGCCUCGUCCCCAGAGCCCGCCAAAAAAAUUCCAAGCGCAGACGCCAACAGCGCCGGGUCAGCGUCUGCGCACGGAACCAGCACCACCGGACUCGGCACGAACGCCACACCACCAUCAGCGUCCUCCCCACGGCUCUCCCGUCGUCGGGCAGCGACAGGCCCAGCCGAUACAAGCCUAGCUCGUCACUCGACGACAACGGUUAGUUCGGCAGAUUUCUACGCGCAACGACCUCGUUAGCGCAGCGCAACGUCCAUUCCCACUGCAUCUACCGCUCCCCAUCAUUUUACCAAUAUUCACGCCCAUACCUUACCUGGUUCAGAAGACGUCAGCCCAGAGUAUACCC